AUGGGUUUAAUACAAAAGUCAGAGGUUAUUAGACCUUUUCAAGUUCCAAAGUUGAGACGAAACUAUCGUGUUGUAAGUCAAGAAGUUGCUUCAAGGUUGGAAGCAAAAGCAAACACUGUUGAGGAAUAUGACACAAGCACAGACUUCUCGUCUAUUAGUGUUAUACCGCCACAAUCAUCCAGUAUUCAAUCUUCAUGCGAUUCAAUCGCUGUAGUGAGAUAUACAAAUACAAGAUCACAAAAAGUCAAGUUUCAAGAAGAUCAACUACUGAAGCAAUCACUGAGAGUUUAUGACAAUGACAAUGGCAAUGACUAUGACAAUAACAGCGACGUUGGUGUUACUCAUGCUGAAGCAGAAGGGAGCGGAGAAAGAAGUAUUUGUGGUAAAUCGGUACAGUUGGUAGCUCCUGCAUACCAAAAUUCAGAAUACCGCCAUUUUUUGCAAACAAUUGCCCAAGAAUUGGAGAUUGAUACCGAAUGCUUGAGUAAUGACAAAAUUAUACAUGAAGUCCAUUGUUUAAAGCAGCUGUUAAGAGCUGCUCAGAUGCAGGUGGCUGAAUCUGAUACUAAAGAACAGUUUUUACAAGACAAGUUAUGUGCUCAACAAAUGGAGAAUUCAGAACUUUGUAAACAAGUUGAAAAAAGCAAAGGAGAGGCUAAUAUUGUUGCUAAAGAAUUGCAUGAAUGUCAGAAUGUUGUAAACAAGCUAGAGAUGCUGAUGAGUGAGAAACAGGAGAAAGAAAUAGAAAAGGACAAAGAAAUUCAAACUUUGCAAUCUAAACUAGAACUACUUAGAACAACGGAAAAAGAGUUAGUUGCCGAAAAACAAUGUCUCCAAGAUGAAAAACUUGCAUGCAAUAAGAAAUUGGUGGAGUCAGAAAGGGAGCUAGAGGUUGUAAAAAAGGAAAAUCAAAGUAUUUACAAAGAGCUAAAAGAUUCAAAAGAUAGUUUGGAAACUAUAACAAACACAUUGGGUUUAUUACAAACAGAACAAAAAGUUUUUUUGCAACAAAACACGGAUUUGGCUGAUAGUGCAGUAAAAGAGAUCAAACAGUUGGAGAAAAAAAUUGCCAUUACAAAGUCAAAAUACAUUAAAAAGAUGAAAGCUGCUGAAAACGAAUCAACAAAAAUCAUUCAUCACUUGUAUAUCGAAACCCAAUUAUUGAGAAAAAUAAUUGACCUGCACAUUGACAAAAAGAGCACCUCCCUAGUAGGAGCCGAGUUGACCUCGCCAAUUGAAGAAAUUAAACACGAGCUCGAAAAGAAACUUGACUGCUCCCUGAAAACAGAUUCUAAUUUUUGGUACCUUUGCCUGCUCUACGAAAAUAGAUACCUCGAUGCUUUGAAAGAAUCUAAGCAACUUCGCGACUCAAACAAGAUUAAUAGAACUGUUUUGGAAAGCUUGUUGAAACUUAGUUUACUAUUUUUUGAGAAAUUGAUCCCAUCCCAAGAGAAAGUUUCCUAUUUUAAUCUUGUUGUUAAGGAGUUACUGAAUAGGAGUGUAUUGAAAGAUUCAGAUUUAAAUUUUACUCAAAAGUUGGCAAACACAUAUGAGUAUUUGCUAUCUGAAGUGAGUAAGAAAAUGGCUGAGGAGGAAAAGAGAAACAUUCCAAACCUUUGA